AUGGGUGUUGAGAAGCAGACACUCAAGGAAGGCGACGGCAAGAACUACCCCAAGAAGGGAGACAAGGUGUCCAUCCACUACACCGGUACCUUGGACGAUGGCAGCAAAUUCGACUCGAGCCGUGACCGCGGACAGCCAUUCGAGUGCACCAUCGGCGUUGGCCAGGUGAUCAAGGGCUGGGACGAGGGUGUGCCUCAGAUGUCUAUCGGCGAGAAGGCCAUCUUGAACAUCACUCACGACUUUGCCUACGGUGAACGAGGAUUCCCUCCCGUCAUCCCUGCUCGCAGCAACCUCAAGUUUGACGUCGAGCUGCUUAAGAUCAAUGGCAAAUCUUCGUAA